AGCACGGAGGAGAUUUAGAAAUCGAGGCCAGCGCCCAACUACUUUGUUUUCAAUUAGCUACGUUGUUUUGAAUUGCUACUAUGCUUGAUACAUAACCCAGCCUAAGCAGGAACAGCUUAUUGAAUGGGGGGGCUGGCUACGAAAGGCACCAGGAGGAGAAGGGCCGUUCUUCGCAGCUGAUAUAUUUGUAUUUCAGUGCUGCAUUUAAUAAGUCUGUUUCCCCAGGGGGCUAUAGCAAGUAAAUCAUGCCAACAGAUUGUUCUCUGCAAACGGGCUUAUUUUUGUAAUUAGCAAGACGUUAAAGCUGUAACUGCAUCGAAAGUGAGCUGGGUGAGAAGUUAACAUAAAAGAAUUAGUAAGCAAAAUGUAAUACUUACGGUUUGGUAACGUUUGCAUUGAUUGAAUUUGCUUCCGGGCAGCUUGUUGUACGCAGCGGUUGGUUUUUCUGCGGGAAAAAUGGGAAAUUCGGCCGAGGUAGGCAGAGACCCUUCGUAAGGUCCGCUUAUGCGGCGGUACCUGGUGGGAAUUGCACCCGGGGCUGAGCCGUGCUGACUUGGUGCCUUGCCGGGGGUUGACACCAUCGUGGCCCGUCACUGGGAGCUGUCAUCAUUUCCCUCGCUUUAUUUUGCCUUUCUUUCUCCCUCGUUUUUCAGGUAUAUGAAAGAUACGGCGCCACCAUGAGCGGGGUAUUGAAAAGGAAGUACGAAGAGCUGGGGGACGACAGCACCUACUGCUCCUCCUCCUCCUGCUCCCCGCUGUCCUCCUCCUCGGCUUCCUCUGGCUGGGAAUCGGACGAGGAGAGCUCCCGCGGAGACAUCAAGCCCGGCUCGGCCUUAACGCCCAAUUUCACCCCCACGUCUAUCCUGAAGAAAUCCAAGCGACUAAAGAAGAACAAUGUGGAGUUUGACCGGGUCACUGUGUUUUACUUCCCGCGCUGCCAGGGGUUCACGAGCGUGCCUAGUCGCGGUGGCUGCACCCUGGGGAUGGUGAGCAAGCACAGCGCCUCCAGGCAGUUCACUCUAGCAGAGUUCUCAAAGGAGCAGGAAAACGUCCGUCGGGAGAAACUCGAAGAGAAAUUAAAAGAAGAGAAGUUGGAAGCGUUGAAAUGGAAACUGACCAUGAACGGCACAAAGGAGUCAGAAGAGGCCAACCAGCUCACCAUCGAAGACAUCUCUGACGACGACAUUGACGUGAGCAACGUGGACCUGGAAGACGGCUUCUUUCUCCAGCCCUACCCAGCCAAGAAGAGGCGGGCGCUGCUCAAAGCCAUGGGGGUGAAGAAGAUCGACAAGGAGGAGAAGCGGGAGCUGCACAACAUCCGCCUGUCGCGGGAAGACUGCGGCUGCGACUGCCAGGAGUUUUGCGAUCCGGAGACCUGCAGCUGCAGCUUGGCGGGCAUCAAGUGUCAGAUGGAUCACACGUCGUUCCCUUGCGGCUGCACCAAGGAUGGCUGCGGAAACACUGAAGGGCGAAUCGAGUUCAACCAGGCCCGCGUGCAGACCCACUUCAUCCACACCAUUAUGAAGCUGGAGCUGGAGAAGAAGCAGCAGAGCAGCGAGAAAACGGCCGAAGGCGCCGAGUCUUCCUUCCGGGAGAGGCUCCAUCAGUUCGGGUGUUCGGUAGGGAAAACAGUCUUCGAGGAGAGAGCGGUGCCCCUGACGCCGGCCUUCCAGUUCAACAUGGACCUGGAGACCAUCGGGGAGAACAGCUGCAGCAGCGACAUGACGGACUCCUCCAUCUCCUCCAACCCCAGCGAGGACCUGGAGGAGCCCUAUGAGAACGGCCCCUCCGACAAGUCCCAGUCGGACGUCGACGACGACGGCCUGGCGAGGAUCCUCCACUUCAACGACUCCGACGUCGAAGAAAACAGCAAUAACUGCCAGGACAACUUGAGUUGCUUCCACCCUGCCGAUUUCUUCAGCACCAGCAUCGAAGAGCAGUGCGGCCCCGGCACGGAAAAGGCCAGCGCGGCGGGGACGGGCUCCGGGCAUCUUUCCCACCUCUCCGAGUGCCUGGAUGAGAACGCCAACCAGGACGCGAGCUGUUUUCUGGACGAGGCCGCCCACGCGCACUGCGAUGGGCUUUCUUGCUGCGCUUCGUCCUCGGCAGAGCAGUGCUCCAAGAGCUACACGGAUCUCAGCCUGUCCUCUGACUCCUUGGAUUUCUUUCAGUCCUUCUCAGACUAUAACUUGGGACCUCUGUAUAACUCCUUAAAGGAAUACGAAAACCUCGAUAACUUCUCAGCGUUACAGUUUCAGUUGCCUAAUUUCCCUGGCUUCCCGCAAGCUGGAGAUCAGGGCUCCUGCUUCUUGGAGUCUCUCAUCGGCUUGUCUGAAUCUGUCCCAGAAACCCCGGCCCCUUUCACAGACAAUCAGCUUUUGGAAGAUGCCAUUAAGUCAUCGCUAAUGGAAACGGUGAAAGUUUAAAAAGUGCACGUCUGGGGGGAGGGAGGGCAGGAAAGAAAGACAGCUUUGGAGCCCUGAAACUAAAACUGAAGAACAGUUGAACGGACACACUUUCACCAAGAGGACAAUGUGCUACGAAGAAAGAACUUUCUAAGCAAACAAACUAUUUUUGGUCUUUAUAGAACAUGGACGUUUUGACAUACUGCAGCUACAAUCAGUUCUCUUGCUGUUUGUGCAAAAUUUAUAAACUUUCAUGGUGGGGUGGGGGUCAGGGGAGGGAAAAAGCCUUUCCAGUAUGAAUUUCCUUGUGUUUUGUAUGAAAAGACCUGUUGAGAAAUACUCCUUGUUAACAUUGCCAGUCGUACACACAGCCCCUUCGAGAAACUUUUCAGUGUUGCAGAAACUUUUUAAGACAACUUUUGGAGUUGUAUUUAUUGUGAAAAAUUGUGAUUUGCAUAAGAGUUAACCCAACGUGCUCUUAUGUUUAAAUCAGACAAGGUUUACAGAAGAGAUCCGUACACUAUAUGCAUAAUCAUUCUUCCUCUAUUUAUUGCAAAUUCCAGAAUUUUAAAUAGCCACCGAAGCUUGAACUAGCAUGAAACCUUAUUUAAAUUGGUAAUACCUCAGAUGUAUUAUGUGUACAAUCAUAUUUUUUGCAUAAUAUAUCUGUAUUUAUUUAUUUUUUACCUGUAGGACAUGAAUAGCACUGUGGUUUAUCGAUGACCUGGAAGGGCAAUAAGGUCUUUAGCAGCACACAUCCUAAAGACGACACUGUUUUUCGAGUCUGAAAGGUGUUGACUUUAUCUGACGCCUGUCUGGUCUUCACUUAACAUUUCUGAAAGAGCCUAACACGAGUGGGUGGGAGGGGAGGGAGAGGGGAAACGUUCAUAACAGCAUCCUUUGGUAAUUAACAGUCCUUUAAUAGACGUGGUAACACGAAGGUGUGUGAUAUCCCUAAUUCUGCUAUGGAAAGCAAAAGAGCAAAAACCUAAACUAUUCAAGGAAUACUAUGAACUAGCUAUAUUUAAACUAAACGAAAAAAAAAAA